AUGGAGAAUUUUUUCAAGAGGGUUUAUUCUCAAUCUAGUUCUAGUAAUGUCAAUGUCAAUCGUUCUUGUCUUAUAACUGACCUCGAUUUGGGUUCCCUUAAAGCCGAUCCGGGAGAAAGAAAAUCUAUUUCUGAUUAUGAUCCUCGAAUACGAGAUGAAGUGAGGAAAUAUUAUAUUGAAAAAGGGCCUUGUCAACCUAUCUUGAAACCAUAUCCUUCAAGUGAAAUAGGAGGUAGAAUGCGUCAAUUUGCUUCAAGUUGGUUUAAAGGUUCACAUUCGACUUGGUUGGAGUAUAGUGUGGAGAAAGAUGCCGCAUAUUGUCUUUGUUGUUAUUUAUUCAAAAAUGAAUUUGUUCAUGAAACUACGGGUGAUUUUUAUGCAUCGAAGGGUUUUAGGGGUUGGAAUAAGGCUCUUGAAAGAUUUCGUUUGCAUGUCGGUAAAGCUAAUAGUGUUCACCAGAAAUGUUACAAUAAGAUGCUAGAUUUAUCAAAUCGUCGUCAAUCAAUUCAAGUUGUUCUUGACAAACCUUCUGAAAAGUCAAAAAGAUUUUUGCUGUGGCAUGGAGACAACCAUCCGGAUGUGGGAAAAGUGAUAUUAGAAAAAGCUCCACAAAAUGAUACUUUGACUCGUCCUAUGAUCCAAAAGGAUGCCAAUGCUUGUGCUAAAGAAACAUUGAAAGUUAUAAUUGCGGACUUAAAUGGAGAUUAUUUUAGUAUAUUAGUUGAUGAAUCCAAAGACAUCUCACACAAAGAACAAAUGGCUCUUGUUUUGAGAUAUGUUGAUAAAAAGGGUGAAGUAGUGGAACGAUUUAUCGGUCUUGUCCAUGUUAGUGAUACAUCGGCUUGCUCAUUGAAGAAAGAAAUGUAUUCUUUGCUUUCCGAUCAUUCACUAAGUCCAUCCAAAAUACAUGGGCAAGGUUAUGAUGGAGCUAGUAAUAUGAAGGGAGAGAUAAAUGGUCUCAAAACUUUAAUUAUGAAAGAUAGUCCUUCGGCGUACUAUAUUCAUUGUUUUACACAUCAAUUGCAACUAACACUUGUAGCUAUUGCUAAAAAACAUGUGGAAGUUGAAGAUUUUUUUUAUCAUGUUACUAAUGUGUUGAAUGUUGUUGGAGGAUCUUUUAAACGUCGAUAUUUACUUCGUCAUCACCAAGUCAAAAAUUUGAAGCAAUUACUUGAGUCCGGUGAAGCUCAUAUCGGACAAGGAUUAAAUCAAGAGCGUGGGCUUCAAAGACUGGGUGAUACUCGUUGGGGAUCACAUUUCAAAACAUUGGAUAACUUUCUUGUUAUUUUUUCAUCCAUUGUUCAUGUGCUUGGAGUGAUUGAAAUUGAAGGUUCUACUUCAAGUGAUAGAAAUCAAGCAGAAUAUCUUUUGACAAAGGUUAGAACAUUCAAAUUUGUUUUUAUGCUUCACUUGAUAUUGAAAUUGUGGGCCAUGUCAAAUGAGUUGAGCAAGAUUUUACAAAAAAAAAAUCAAGAUAUUGUUAAUGCCGUGGAGUUUCGUAACAUCUCAAAGAAAAGAUUGCAAGAUAUGAGAGAGAAUGGGUGGGAGUCUUUGUUGAAUGAUGUUUCUUCAUUUUGUGAUUCACAUGAUAUCUUGAUUCCCAAAUUAGAUGAGCCUUAUUUUACAGAAAAGUCAAAGCGUAAGUGUUUAGAUGUUUGUUAUUCGCACCACUUGCGUGUUGAAAUCUUUUGUGCGGUCAUUGAUGUGCAACUUCAAGAGCUUAAUGGGCGUUUUGAUGUAGUAAGUAGUGAUUUGCUUCUUGGGAUGGGUAGCUUGAAUCCUGUCAAUUCUUUUUCUAACUUUGACAAAGGUAGAAUCAUGACUUUAGCAAAGUGUUAUCCAAAUGAGUUUGAUGAUGGAAAGCUUCGGGAUUUGAGUUACCAACUUGAUACCUUCAUAAUUCAUAUGCGAGGUGGUAAUUCUAAGUUCUCCAACUUACAAGGAAUUCGUGAUUUGGCAAAGGCAUUAGUUGAGGCAAAUCUUGUAGAGACUUAUUCACUUAUUUAUUUACUUGUGAAGUUGAUUUUGAUUUUACCUGUCGCUACGGCAACUAUUGAAAGAGCAUUCUCUUCCAUGAAGCACAUAAAAAAUGAAGUGCGAAAUAGUAUUGGUGAUCAAUAUUUAAAUGAUUGUUAG